CUCUAAUUGGUGCCACACAAGCUGCCGCGCAGAGCUCACCUGUUUUAAUUGGACUAUCGCGACAAGUUGUCCGAGUGACGUCGAUGCUGCUGGUCGACCACUUCCGAUUGUCUCGGGGAUAUCUGAGGAUUUUCGCGCGUGCCUAAUUGAGCACAUCAGAGGACUGCAGCGCGGUCGCGCGAACCGGGGACGUGCCGCUCACCAGGCCGAGGAGACAAGUGAGGCAGUCUGCAGCGAAGCGGCGAGCACAGGCAUGUCAAGCCUGUGAAUGGACGCAGGACAGAGGGCUCUGAGCGUUUCGACAUGGACCACCGGUAACAGCCCGAGAUUCGGUGUUUAGAACAACACGUUUUGGAUGCGUCUGCUUCAUGUGAGAGCUGGAACAGGAGAGCAGGAACACUGACUUUUGAGGCGUGGGUAAAAACUCUGGAAUCGGCUGUUUUCCUCUUCAGAAGGCAGUGCUGGGAUCAAGAGCCGCUCCACUGUUAUUCUUGGAAUCGGGAGACCAUCAGCACUGAAGCCUUUUGUUUUUUUGUUGUUUUUUUUUUAAAUAUAGUUUUUUUUGUGCAAGUGGUCGGUGCGCCCCUGCGUUUGGAGCCAUGGGUUGUACGGUGAGCGCCGAGGAUAAGGCUGCAGCGGAGAGGUCAAAGAUGAUUGACAAAAACCUUCGAGAAGACGGAGAGAAGGCAGCCAGAGAAGUGAAAUUGCUUUUAUUAGGUGCUGGGGAGUCUGGGAAGAGCACCAUUGUAAAGCAGAUGAAAAUCAUCCAUGAAGAUGGAUAUUCAGAAGAUGAGUGUAAGCAGUACCGAGCAGUGGUUUACAGCAAUACCAUCCAGUCUAUUAUGGCCAUCGUUAAAGCCAUGGCCAGUCUCAAGAUAGACUACAGCAACGCUGCCAGAGCGGACGAUGCCCAGCAGCUCUUUGCCCUGUCUGCAGCUGCUGAAGAGCAGGGUGUUCUUCCUGAUGACCUGGCCAAUGUGAUCAGGCGACUGUGGGGCGACAGCGGCAUACAGAGUUGCUUUGCAAGGUCGCGAGAAUACCAGCUCAACGACUCUGCAGCAUAUUACCUGAAUGACCUGGAGAGGAUAGCUAAAGCAGAUUAUAUCCCCACCCAGCAGGAUGUGCUGCGAACUCGGGUCAAGACCACUGGCAUUGUGGAGACUCACUUCACUUUCAAGGAGCUGCACUUCAAAAUGUUUGAUGUAGGAGGCCAACGCUCAGAGAGGAAGAAGUGGAUUCACUGUUUUGAAGGAGUCACAGCCAUUAUCUUCUGUGUUGCACUAAGUGCUUAUGACCUGGUGCUGGCUGAGGAUGAGGAGAUGAAUCGAAUGCAUGAAAGCAUGAAGCUCUUUGACUCUAUCUGCAACAACAAGUGGUUCACUGAGACCUCCAUCAUCCUCUUCCUGAACAAGAAGGAUCUCUUUGAGGAGAAGAUCACUCGCAGCCCCCUUUCCAUCUGCUUCCCAGAAUACACAGGAGCCAACAAGUUUGAUGAGGCUGCCAGUUACAUUCAGACCAAGUUUGAGGACCUGAACAAGAAAAAGGACACCAAGGAGAUCUACACCCACUUCACGUGUGCCACUGACACCAAGAACGUGCAGUUUGUGUUUGACGCCGUCACUGACGUCAUUAUUAAGAACAACCUGAAAGACUGUGGUCUUUUCUAAAGGAGGAUGCCUGACACUCACAGACUGCAUGAGAGACUGCCAUGUGACGAUUACUGCUUUUCAUAAUGAAAACCAUAACAGACUUGAUUCCUAGGGGGUGGAAACCUGAAAGAACUUCAACAAUCACUGAUUUGCAACCAUCACAUUCUCUGUCUAAUGUGUUUAUUAUUAUUUUUAUAUAUAUUUCUUACCGUUCUUGAUCAGGAGUUCUCAUUCUAUUCAAACUGAGCAUCGAGCACAUAGAGAUUUGACCAAGAACCCCUAAUUGGGAAAAGAACCACUAACAGUCAAGGCACUCACCAGAGAAUUUCAGUUGUUUUGUUGUCUUUUUAAAAUUAGAUUUAUAAUAUAAAUUAUAUGAACUGACUUGAGUGGAAAAUAACUGUUGGAAGUAAAACUUACCAUAACAUUAUCUGCUCAUGCCACAUAGCCAAUGAAAAUACAGUAUAAUUAAAGUAUUUCUCUUCCUCAAUAAACAUUCAAGACCAGUUUGAGAACCACUUGUUUAAUGGUAGUUAUCAGAUUUGUUCAGUCUCAUUUUUUUGUAUUCAGUUUGUGUUUUGUAGGUUUUCAUUUCCCUUUUGCAUUUGAAGUUUAAUAAGCGGAUACAGUACAAAACCAACUUUUUAUAAAAACCACAUUAACUUAUGUUAACUAACGUUGGCAUUUUAUGAACCUUUUGACUGCACAGAGCUUAUUUUUUAGAAGACAACAAACAAGCAUGGAGAAUGGAAACCGAUGAAGGGAAAAUGUUUUUUUGUACAAUGUUUACACAGAAUCAACAUUCACAGUUGUACUAUAGUGCAUUGUUCUGCAUGACUGUCCAUAGAUUAGCCUGUAUCCCCCCACAAACUGAAUAACAUUCCUUAAGUAACUUCUUUAAAGAAACAAAACAGAAAUGGUUAUGUGUCACUUUUAAGAUAUCUGCAAGAUUUUUUAAGUGGUUAUGUCUGUUCCUAACAUGGAUUGUUCUGUACUAUUUGUUUCAUUCCAAGUCUUUCUCCAUAUGUUUGUGCCUUGAUAUCUGUUUACACUUGUUCUUUAGAGACAUGCUAUCUUCAUAGUGUGAAUUAGGGCUAUUUCUACUCCACUUCAGUUCACAUAACCCAUGAUUUAAGAUGCACCACAACACUGAGACAAAUGGAUGAUAGUUGUUCAUUAAUAUUACGAUAAAAGUCAAUCACUUGUAAAAUGUAAAUAAAAGUUU